AGGAAAAAAAAACCGAACAGAAACGAGACGGCGUUCUCUUGGCACAUGCUUGCAGCUAUGGCUGAUGCUGCAGCUGUAGAGUGUUGUGGUACGCAAUAUUCAUGCGACACAGCGAGCAACACCCUCUCAUGGAUCAACGCCAUCGUCGACUUCAUCGCCCCUUUCAACUCUUUAAUUAAUGCCCACGUCGUCAAUUUCUUCACGGAUAGGCUGUGGGAGAAUGUUGACAAGGAAUGGAUGGAUUGUCUCCGCAGAGAACCUGUUCAGAAUCUUCUCUUGAUACCAUCUGGAGUGGUGCAGGACUACUGGCCAGCUUCUUUGAAGCAAUUCAUCCUAAAGUUAAGGGCUUUAGCACUUUGUCAAGAACAAGUAGAUGUAAACACAGCAUUACCUGGUCCGUAUAUUACUUCACUUAACACUGUUCUUGCUCAAGGCAUGAACGUGAAGAAAAAACAUGAAGUAGAAAUACUUUCGGCUGUUGUAAGCACAGUCGCCAAUAAUGUUAGAGCUGAUGCUGUUAUUGAUGUUGGUGCUGGUCAGGGUUAUCUUGCACAAGUGCUUGCCUUUCAAUAUCAGCAUCCUGUCAUUGCGAUUGAUGCAUGUUCUCAUCAUGGAAGUGUUACUGAUGCACGUGCAGAACGAAUUAAAAAGCACUAUGUGUCACAGAUGUUAAAAUCUGGAUCAGGCAUGUGGAGUUUGAAUGUUCCAAAGACAAUCACAUGUCAUGUAUUGUCAAUUGAUACAUUGAAAACUUUGGUUGAAGCAUCUUUGCCUGUAGAUGAUGCUUUGCAAUCCACAUCAAUGGGGAACCAAAACAAAGAUCAAGGGAAAAUAUGUUGGUCCGGUAAUGCAAAGAGAAAACCUUCGACUGUUCUUGCUGGGCUUCAUGCCUGUGGUGACCUUUCAGUGACUAUGCUGAAGACUUUCAUAGAGUGCCAAGAUGUUAAAGCUGUUGUUAGUCUUGGUUGCUGUUACAAUUUAUUGUCAGAAGGAAGUGCUAAGGAUGGUGAAUCUGAAUUUGGGUUUCCAAUGAGUCAUGCUGUAAGAUCUGCGGGUUUAUCACUUGCAAAAAAUGUGCGUGAUCUUGCUUGUCAGAGUGCAGAUAGAUGGAGGAGCUUGGAUAUGCAUGCCGGAAUUCAUAACUUUGAGUUGCAUGCUUUUCGUGCCGCAUUUCAAAUGGUUCUUUGUAAAUAUUAUCCAGAUUUCACAAUAAACACUCCUUCAAUUGGCCGUAAAGGGAAGGCUCUGCGUCGGAGACAUCAAAGGAGAUCUGCAGAGUCCCAUCUGCAUCUUAAAGGAAGUACUGGUCUCCUGAGGCAAGAUUUUCUGCCUGUAGUUUCCACGGAAUCUGAAGCCGACGAGAUUUUGGCCCCUCCAAUAGAAGUACAAGCUGGGUGUGGAGGGACUAAAUCCCGCGACACAUUUUUACAUUUUGAGAACUUCUGCCACUCUGGAUUGUCUCAUCUUGGUAUUAAGCUUUCAAAUGAUGUAAACCUUAAAGGCAUAUGGAAGGAAGCAGAACCAUUUUUGGACCUUAUAGGACCCUUUUGGUCACUCAGGGCUUCUCUUGGACCUCUUUUGGAAACUCUGAUUCUGCUUGACAGACUACUGUUUCUUCAAGAGCAAGAUAGCACAGUGGAAGCCUACUUGUUACCCAUUUUUGACCCAAUGAUAUCUCCAAGAAAUGUGGCCGUAAUUGCAAAAAAGACUGACAAACAUUUAAGAUCCUCCUGUUAUUGAAAGCUUUUAUAAAGGUAAGGAAGCAUGAACAUGAAGCAAGCUUACUGACUGGCAUCAAAAAGGUUUUUGAGAUUUAUAUUGAAAAUUAAAAAUGUUGUACUAGUUGUUCUUUAUUAGAUAUUUUUCAUUCACUUAAACCAUAGAGAGUACUAGUAGAAUAAGGUUGUGUUGUUGUAAAUGAUAUACCGUACUAGUAUUGCUUCAUCAACACUUCGCUGCCGAACGGACUUGUGAUUUCUGUAGAACUUCUCAACCUCAGUUAAGAGGAUGAAAUAGUGCCAAAAUGGUACUUCCAUUGCUCAAUCCCAUUUGCUUCCCUUGUAACAACUUUUCAGCUGGUUUAUUUGUAAGAAUUGUUAUGUGGUUUGAAUCUUAAUAUAUUUUUACAUUUUUUUUUCUUGUAUGAAUAA